UUAUUUUGAUAGUUACUAUAGUUAGUGUUGUUCACUGAUUACUGUAUAAUUAUUCUAAAAUUUUGAAAUUUGAGAAUUAAAGUUCACUUAAGUAUGAUUGAUUCAUUUUAAAACUGUAAAUUAUAUUUGGUUUAAUUAUACUGCUUUGAGUAAAUAUAGUCUAUAUUAUAUUCAGAAUUAGUAUCUUAAAAUGGCAGAAUUUGUACAACGACGCAAAGAGGAAUUGAUUGUUGAAGUUCCAGUACUUAAUAGUCACUUUAAAAAAUCUGUUGUGAAAAAUAUAUUGAAUCAACGAGAAAAAUUUGAAUACAGAUUAAUGCGCCGAAACAAACAAAAGUCAGAUUUUACUCUUUACAUUUCAUUUUUGAAAAACAUUAUCAAGAAAGUUCAGAAAAUGGGUUCAACAAGUACUGAAACACUUAAACUUAUUAAUCAACAUAAUAACCGAAUUAUUGAUCUUUAUCGUGCAUCUCUAAAAUAUUUCAAAGAUGAUGUAUCCCUCUGGAAAGAAUACAUAAAAUUUCUGAUGAAAUGUAGACGAUUAACAUUGUUGCGAACAGUUUUGAACAGUGCCUUGUUAUUACAUGGUCACAUUUCAGAUUCACUGUAUGUUUUUGCUAUAAGACAAGAAUUUGAAGAUUUAAAAAAUAUCCAAAAAGCAAGAGAAAUGUAUACUGAUGGAUUACAUGCACAUAAGAAUUCAUCAAAAUUAUACUUUGAAGCCUUUAAAUGUGAACUUGCUUAUUCAGAAACACUUAUUCAAAAGGUGUUGAAAUCAGGAAAAGAGUUAAACCUAGAGGAUCCUGCAUUAAAUGGAUCUGUAGCCAAAGUAGUUUUUGAAUCAGCUGUUGAAAAUGUAAAAAAUGAUACUGAUCUUUACUUUAAAAUGUAUGAAGAAGCUACUCAGUAUAAUUUUUCAUUAGAUUUAUCAAAAGAAAUCAAAAAUUUUAUGUUGACUUCAUUUAGCACGGAUCCUAAUUAUUGGGAUACUUUAGCUACUAAUGAACUAUCGAAGAAUACUAAAAAUACUGAAAAAUUUAAAAUUACAAAAUGCCUUGAUAGGUAUAAUGCUGCAUUAUCAGUUGUUGAUACAGAUGAGAUGUGGGAUAAGUAUUUGACCACUAUAUUAAAAAUAACAGCCGAUACAAAAAAUACAGAAGUUUAUAAGAGAAAUUUACUUAGACAAUCGAUGUAUAAUGCUCAUAAGAAAAAUAAAUUGAAACCAAAACAUUAUAUUGCAUGGAUAAACAAGUCGAAAAGUUCUAUGACCAAGGAAAUUUUAGAUUUGGCCAUCGAAACAUAUCCAGAUGACACAAGCAUCUUAGAACUUAAUAUAAAAAAUAAUUUGACCGAUACAGAUGAACUAAUUGCUUACGAGUUAUUUAAGAAUAACUCUAAUAAAAUUUCUCCUAAUUUAUGGCUUACAAUUGUUGAACAUUUUUCAAAUAAAAUACAGAUCAAUGAUAUCUUCGAUAUGAUAUUUGGAGAUAAAUCUGUUUGUUCUAAUGAAGUUAAACAAAAACUUGGAAAUGAAUAUCUCUUGUGGUUAAGCAAAAACAAAUCGUUGGAUGAUGCUCGUAGUGCAUAUAACAAAUUGAUCAUAAGCAAUAGUUGUGAUGCAAGUCUGUGCAAGACUAUAGUAACUCUGGAAACUGAGCAACAGAAAGUAGACAUCAACAAAACCAGGCAGCAUUUUACAUUAGCGUGCAUGCAGUUUGGUAAAACAAAUAUUGAUUUGUGGAUGGAACGAAUUUACUUUGAGAUGAAAUAUGGAUCACCGAAACUUGUUUCCAGCACAUAUCAUCAAGCAUUAACGACUUUGAAUAAUGAGGAAUCUGAUCAAUUUGUUGAACAAUAUUCAUCAAAUGCUUCUACAUUUAAAACAAUUUGUAAAAUAUGAUGGUUAAAUAAUGCUUAAAUUUUAAUAAAAGAUUUUAUAAAGUAUAAGAUUAUGGUUUGAAGGCAAUUCAUUCAUAACAAUAAUGUUUAUAAUCGUUGAUAUAGAAUUCUCUUAUGAGUUCCAUCUUUAAUUUGUAUUCCUUUGGAUGUUUUUUUCAUUAUUUGUUUGCGCCAUCUGAAAAUUUUUAACCAAUAUAUUUUAUUACUUUUA